AACAAGUCUUGACUUCCAUCCCUUUCGCACACAGAAACUGUUGGCUGCCCCCGAACAAAAAUGGCGACUUUGAUGUUUUCAUCCACCCCCAGUAUCCGAAAAGCUGUGAGCAUAAUAAACAACCUUGAUGGUUCCAAGUUCCCUCUGCUUCUUUCCAGAAUCCUGCAGAAGCUACACAUGAAGGAUGAGAGGACGUUUUCAGAAGAAGAGGAGGAAAGGCUACAGUCCACGCUUUCUCUGGAAGUUACAGACCUAGAGCUGCUUCUGCAAACACUAGAGUUCUUCUUGCAACAGGCUGCGUACCAUGCAGCAAAACCUGCAGUGCUUACCCAGCAGCUUACACAGUUGGAGAUGGAAGAAGACAAGGUCACUGCUCUGGUCGAAGCCUGGACUUCCAGUGGCAGAGAUGUUUUACAGAAACUGAGGCAAAGAACCCUACUUCCUCAUCAGCUGGACACCAUCAACUGGAGAUUGAACCUUCAGAUGGCCCAGUCAACUAAGACCAAACAGAAGAUACCCAACGCCAUGUUGGAGCUGGGCGUGAGCAGGGAAGAGAGGGACAGCAAUCAGAAGAUCAGGAUGGAGUUUACACAUGAAGAGUUGUACCAGUUCUAUAACCAGUUGGAGACAAUACAAAAACAGCUUGACGGUCUAAGUUGAUCUCAAGUAGUUCCAAGGGUGUCUGCUUCUUCGUGCCAAAUGUUAUUGACCUUGUUCUGUUGGAGAAUGCCUCUUGAGCCACUUUUUCAAGAAUUUAAACAUUCCUGUUGAUGUACAUUGUAGGUCAUUCAAUGCGAUAGUGUUGAUAUGUGAUGAAAUAUAUUGUCUAUUUAAUAAAACUGUAACUCCAA